UUGUUUGGGAUUCCCAGGUAAAAAAAAAAAAAAAAAAAGAAAAAGAAAGAAAAAAAGAAAAAAAAAAUCCCGGAGAUGCUGUCGUCGCCUGGGAAAACAAACAGCUACCCAGACAAUUAAAAAGGAAAACACCGAUCGGUCGCCAGGUAAGGAAGAGGCUCCGGGACUUCACCGCGGCGCUCGGUAAGACCAUCCGUCGGUUUUGAUCCUGAAGUACGGCAUGUUUUUGAGUAGUUGGUGGGGUGAAUGCCAUUUGUCGUGUGGUCGGGUGCCAUAGCAACGGCUCAUGAGAAACAUUGUAUAGCUCGGGCCAGCUUUUGACGUGCUCGAUGUCUGAUGACAGCUGCGUUCAUGCGGACAAUUUGCACCGGGACAAGUCUUGCAACACAUUGCCGUUAUGUCGCGCCGCCGUCUCGACCGUCCACGAGCCGAUCGGUGCCGUAGCGAACCAAAAAAAAAAAAAAACACUGAGCAGGCUGAAACAAGUAGUCACGGGCGUAUGGAGAAGCAUGAGUUAUUUGACAAUGUUGAGAAUGUGUUUUACAGCACAGUCGUCAACCUCGGGCGGAUUGUCAGGCGAGGGUCGACGCUGGUGCGCCCCCCCCCUCUUUUUUUUUUAAUCGCCGUGCCCUGGUCUGACUGGCGCGUCUCCCGGCUGCAUCAGUGCCUGUUGCUCCCAUGCGCGGCCAAUGCCAGGAUAUUAAUUUUCCCUGCGAUGGGUUGUCUCCGCCCCCCCUCCUCCCUCCUCCUGUAGCCUGCUCCACAGUCUCCUCUGCUCUGUCCAUUGUUGUCAACCAUUUGAGCAAAAGGUGCAGCAUUGCACAUCUGGGUGUUUUUUGUUUUAAACGUAUUUUAUCCUUGUGUGUGUCUCUCUCUGUCUCAACAUGGAAUUCAACAGAGCAUCAUCUCCUUCUCUCUGGGCACAUAGAAUCAGCAUGCUGCAUGUCUUACAGCGAGAAAAUAAGAUAAUACUUGAGUGUCUGCAGUGGAGUACCUGUGCCUAUAAUCUAUAGUACAAUUGCCAUGUUAUGCACAAGGGGGUGGACAAAAUAAUAAAAAUUAACAAAGAAACUACUGCAGCACACAAACAUAACCUGUACGCAAUAUCAAGGAAACCCAGUAAUGUAAUAUUUAUGAUAUAUACACACCUAUGUGUACAAAUAUGUUAUCAUAAUUAUUUAUGUAAACUGGUCAGGUUAACAUACUGUAUUCCAUAUAUACUUCCAUUAUAGCCCUGUGAAAGAAAUCCUGGUGUUAUGAGGUAAUUUGGUAUAUUUUGUAACAUUCAUUAUUACUGUUGGUGAUGAUGUGGAGCACUUUUUUUUCCCCCAGAUGUCUGCCUUUGGUUGUAACUGUGUUUGCCACAGACACACAAAUAAUUUCCAAAACUACAAUGCAGCCUCCUAACUUUUCUUCUUCUUUUUUCUGUAUCUAUAUAUGUAUUAUAAGCCUUAUGGUAUUUUUUUUAAAUAACUUUUGUACUAAUCUGUAUUCCUCUCCCCUCCACCCCUCUUCAUCUUCUCCCAGUGAUACAUGUCCCUCCCGGGAUCAGUUACCUUUGAUCUUGUCUUAAUAUUGAAUUUGUUGAGAUUAUGUCAAAACCCCCCGAUCGACUGUAGUUUAGUGGUGGUGUUGCGCUCAAAUUGCCUUAUAGUGUAAGGUGUUCAAGCUAUUUUGUCCACCCCUGCCCUGAUAGGUUUGACUCCUCCCCUCAUACUCUGUUAGCUCUCUAUAAAUGUGGGGCCGCUCAUAUUCAUUUGCUGGCCACGUUGCAGGGGAAUCUACGUGAUACAGGAAUAGCAGUGCAGAACUCAAGUUUACUAGAUUAUUUUUUCACAGUGAAAUUAUUAUUAGUACCUUGGAAGUGGGAAUAUUAAGCUAUCUGUUUCCUAGCCUUAUUUUUGUUCCAACAAGUAGCUGGCAUCUGGUGAGAGAAUGAAUGCUGAUGACUGCAAUGGACGCUCAUAUGCACAAGGCAACGGAGGAGAGUCAUUAACGGAGCAGGAUCUUUAUGGCGGGCUGCAGGGCCCUUCAGCGAGAUCUCCCAACAGUCAGCAGUCCUCACCACACCGCUCCCUCAGCGCAAACUCCAUUAAGGUUGAACUGUGCAGUGAUGAUGAGUCACCAGGUGCUCCACAGCCAGAGAACAAAGAGGCUGUGAAGGACGACAGCAGGAAAGAUGACAGCGGGGAGCCCAUGGAAGAAGGCAGCGCGGAGUACGCCGCCGCUGGAAGAGACAGAGCAAGCAUUUACGGCGAGAUCGCCAGUCCGAACGCUGCUUCGCCAGGACCCAUCCGGCUGCCCAAUGGCAAGCUCCAGUGCGAGGUGUGCGGGAUGAUUUGCAUCGGACCCAACGUGCUGAUGGUUCACAAGCGUAGCCACACGGGUGAGAGGCCGUUCCAGUGUAACCAGUGUGGAGCUUCCUUCACCCAGAAGGGGAACUUGUUGCGCCACAUCAAGUUGCACUCAGGAGAGAAGCCUUUCAAAUGUCCCAUUUGCAAUUAUGCUUGUCGCCGGAGAGAUGCCCUGGCUGGACAUCUACGCACGCAUGCAGUUUCUUCUCCAACGGUGGGGAAACCUUUCAAGUGCAGCUAUUGUAGUCGCAGCUACAAACAACAAAUCACACUAGAGGAGCAUCUAGAGCGCUGCCAUAGUUACCUGAAGAGCCUGGACCACCAGACAGCAGUCAGCACACAGACAGCACAGGGUGAAGAGUCAGUAAAUAUGGAGACAGUUACUAAACCCGUGCUCCAGCCAUCCAAUGAAAAAAUCCAGUUUGUGGACAGACUGUCUAUAAGCAUCACUAAACGCAAGAGGUCAACACCACAGAAGUUUCUGGGCGAAAAGCACAUGCACCUUGACCUACCUGAAGCACCUUACGAAUUGUCCUCUGGCUCCGAGAAGGAGGGGGACCUCAUGAGCUCUCAGCCUGUUGGAGACUCCGCUGGGCUGGCUGGUUCACAUCUCCUAGGCGGCAGGCGCAAAGGGGAGAACCACGAGCCACCCGCAUUGUCUCAGCUCAAUCCUGCCUUCCUGUCGGAGUUACGCACAGUUAUAGGCUCCAUCAACAGCAACAUGACUCCUCAGGGCCCCCGCGCCCAUGGUGGAGGUGGGCCGUCAGCGAUGUCUCUCAGCCUGGCCGGACGGGAGGCAGGCGAAGGCCGCGAUGACCAACCCUCAGCCCAUAGCCACACCACCUCGCCCAACGGCUGCCCCGACUCUACAGACACAGAGAGCACAGCAGAAGAGCAGAGCACAAGGGCCGCAGCCCCGACAAGUACCUCCAACAACCACCACCUCCACUACCAAACCCUCACACUGCCCCGCAGCCAUCCCACCUCCAGCCCUAGCCAGGCCAAAGACGUGGAACAAGAGUGGGAGAGAGCGUGUCCUGUACCCCCGACCAUCGUAAAGAGGAGCCCUGGCUCGCUCCUUUCUUCCAGAGAGACGAUGCAGGUGUUAGACAGGGAUGGCCGGCCCGUGCGCUCCUUCUACUGCCGGCACUGUCGCAUCCUCUUCCUGGACCAUGUCGUGUACACCAUCCACAUGGGUUGUCACGGCUUCCUCCAACCCUUCGAGUGCAACAUCUGCGGCCACCGCAGCCAGGACCGCUACGAGUUCUCGUCCCACAUCAGCCGCGGGGAGCAUCAGGUGGGCUGAGGACUGGGGGGGAUAACGGUCGGAUGAGGAGAGGCGGCUGCUGCUCUCUCUAAAGUUGUGGGCUCACGUUUGUUCUGCACCAGAUCAGUCGCUUUAAAUCCCAAGUGCUCCCAGGGGGGAAUAUCAGAUGCUGUACAACCUUGAAGAUGAAGACCGUGAAGGAAUGGUCACAGGGGACAGGAAUCCACCAGAAACAGGACAGGAGACAGCCUAAAGAAAUCUCCAGAUCACUGCAAUGCAGACAGGCUUUGGCUGCCAGAUGCUGGGGAUAAUGGAUAGAACUGCAAAAGGAAAGAUGGAGAGGUUGUGGCAGGUCGGUAGAUGAUGAAGUGAUGGAGAUGUUAGGAGGCCACGGCCAUUGUGAUGCUGGGUGGCUGUUACUCUGGAACCGCCAUCUGCCGAAAAGCCUGCACGGUGUCUCCACCGGCCUUGCAGAGAGAGACAGUGACUUUUGUGCAGUGGAGCCGUUGUUUUUGUUUGUGCCCUUCUCACCACGGCUGCCUGCUCACCGCCUGGCAGCCCCGUGUGUCAAAGGUGGCUGCAGCAGAACAGACUGUGGGAACAGCCGGUUAGCCUCCCCUGGUCCCCUGCUCCCCAACCAGAGGGGCAGCCAUCAAUCCAGCGCUCCCCCUGUUCCUGCACACACAAAUGACCGACCAAACACACACUCACACACAAAAAAAGCCUACAACGCUCACACCCUCUACCAAUAAUCCUCGGAAGCAAUUUCAUCUCGACUCGGGUGGCGGCCCAUUGUCGCCAGCCCCUUCAAUCUUUCCUUAUUAACUCUCGCUUUGUCCCGCAUCCGAGCUUCUGGACUCAUCUCUCCUACAUUCCGAUCGGUGCUGCUCCCAGCACUCCCAGGCAACCUCCAUUCGCUAAUCCCACUGCCUCCCCCCGACCAGCUGCCCCACCCCAAGGAACUCUUACUGCUUUUUUUCUCUCCAACCUGCCGAUCACCUACUUACAGAGUAAGGUAGGAGCAUUAACUCCAUGGGUUUUCUGAAGGCAGAGCGUGAAGGCGGGGUGGGUGAAGGAGGAGGCGGCCACAAAGUGACUCCAGCCCAGACAAUUAGAACAAUGAGCCGGGCCUGUAGGGGGCUAACUCGCUGCGUCACGCCUGGACGGUGGGGUAUUUUGUCAGUUUAAUGAAUUGUCCGUCAGGCCAGGGCCACAUCGCAGGCUGCGCAGGGAGAGGCCAGCAGGGACCCAGACACUAAGUCGGUAUUUAUUACACUGCCUUUGUCACUAAUUGAGCUAAUUAUCACUGACUCCUCAGCACUCCCACAGGCAGCGCCCCCCUCCACUCACUCUCUCUCUUCUAGCUCUCUCACUCUCACGCCUGGGAUUUGAACUCUGCCUUCCCUCUUCUUUUCUUAAAUCUGUCUGCCACUUUCUCGUUCUUUUGUUUCUUUCUAUGUAUCCAUGAUCAGUUCUCCCUCAAGACAGGUUUGUAUCAUCUUCGUAAUUUGUGAACAUUUCCCUCUGACUUUUUGUGACUCUAUUUGUGAGAUACUAUAAAGAUAAAAUAUGAAACAUGUCUGCAUUAUCCCAAAAGUUUCCAAUGAUGUUCAAACCCUUGGAAAGCUGUAAUUUUACUCUUGUGU